AUGACGGAGUCCGUGGUGAACCGGGUCUUCAACAAGCUGGAGCCACUCCAUGAGCGGAUUUACUGCGCACUCUCAGGAUCGGCGGCUGAUGCCCAGGCUAUUGCCGACACAGUGAACUAUCAAUUGGAGCUCCACAGCUUGAACAUGGACGAGCCUCCGUUGGUCCUGGCUGCAGCCACGUUGGUGAAAAAUAUCAGCUACAAGUACAAGGAGGAGCUCUCAGCUCACCUGAUGGUGGCCGGAUGGGACCCCAGGAGAGGUGGGCAGGUCUACGGGACACUCGGAGGGAUGCUCACCCGGCAGCCCUUUGCCAUUGGGGGAUCAGGGAGCACCUAUAUUUAUGGUUAUGUCGACUCAGCCUACAAACAUGGGAUGGACCAGGUGGAAUGCCGGCAGUUCACCAAAAAUGCCAUUGCCUUGGCCAUGGUUCGGGACGGGUCCAGUGGGGGAGUCAUUUACCUUCCACCAAUGGACAGAAAUGGAAGGCAUCAGACAAGCUGCAGCGAAAAUGAGAUCCCCAAAUACAAGGAACUCAGUUCUUACUAUUACCAGACCCUUCCAAAUGCAGCUAGACUAUAG